UUGUUAUUUUGCAAAAAUUAUUUUCAGUGCUAUUCAUAUUUUAGGGUGAGGUACAUCCCGACGUUAAACGACGACUACAGGUUGGGAUAUUCUGACCGACAGGUCAAAGACGCGAUUCGAGCGCAGAUUUCAAAGCAUGCCCAUAUUAGAGAUCCUCGCGUGAUCGACAUUUUGGCACAUCGAGCAGAAAUAGAGCUCGAAGAGGUGAAAUUUUCUGCCACUCCGUCUCAUACGCUGUAUAACGUGCUUUUCCCUGAAAAUUUGUGUCCUAAACCGACCGAUUUUCUGUCUAAUACGAUCGACGAUAAAAACUUAAGUAGGUUCCGCGAGUUGUGCAACGAAUGGUGGAAAGAAGACGGUGUAUUCAGACUAUUGCUUUCAAUGAAUCAGUUACGGAUACCGUGGAUAAGGGAGAACGUGAUGCUUCACCGCUUGAAGACAGUUAGUUUCGAUUCUGAAAGGGCACCUUUGCGCGGCGUAUCGAUUUUGGAUGUGGGUUGCGGCGGUGGCUUUCUAAGUGAAGCGCUCGCUCGAAUCGGUGCGACCGUGACUGGUCUUGAUGCUGAGGAGCAGAAUAUACAAGUAGCCAGAAUUCACCAGACCUUUGACAAAUCUAUUGAAAAGAAUCUAAAUUAUGUCUGUGGGACUGUUGAAAAAUUCUUAACAGAGGGCAUAGAAAGGUUUGAUGUUCUGGUGGCUUCAGAAGUAGUUGAGCACGUAAACCAUGUGCCGCAGUUCGUAAAAUCAUGCAUUGAUAUAGUGAAGCCCGGGGGACUGCUGUUCUUUACGACUAUCAACAGAACCUUUCUGUCAUGGCUCCUUGGCAUUCAGGUGGCGGAAAAAGUGCUGUCCCUUGUACCCAAAGGGGUACAUGAAUGGAAAAAGUUUGUACCCCCCGAUGACCUCAGAUCUCUUCUCGAAUCCAACAAUUGUAAGGUGCAGAUGAUUUCCGGUAUGUUGCCGAACCCGUUCACCAAUCACUGGUGUUGGACCAAAUUGCAAGAAGUGAAUUAUGCUCUGUACGCGAUCAAGAAUAACCCGUGAAC